AUGUUAUAAAUGUAUCUGUAUGGAAUAACUGUUGUAAUUGCAUGCAAUGAAUUCUUUAGCUGACUAAAUGUUAAAUCAAAACAAUUUUUUUCUCAUGCACUUUCAAUGUUAUCAGUUAUAUCCUGAAAAAAGAGAAAGGAGUGGGUCAAUUUCGUUGUUCAACGAACAAAAACUGUAAAUAGAUUCAAAGAAUACGUGUUCAAAAUUUGAAGCUGAUUGAUCAAUUCUUUCUAAAGUUAUUGUAGAGCAUACAAACAGAAGCACUACGACUUUGGCCUACAGUAUUCAGUAAGUCAAAAGUAAGAACUCGCUAACGCUCGUUCAAUAAUUUGAAAAUUGCUGUUUCCAAAUAUAACAAUACAACAGUUCAUGAGCGAGUUCUCUAACCCAGGGGUCACUAUUUAUACGCAUGACAGAAGUAAUGACUAGAUAUUGAAAAUUUUUGUUAAUAAUUUAUUCGAUCCAAGUUAUAAUGUGAAUGAAUGCGGGUAAUCAUUUAAUGAUUUUUCAGGCUUUCCUGGUGGCGAUUUUUCUGAUGACGAGGAAAACAGAAGAUAGUUACAGAAGGGUGUUAACGUUUGUGAGAGAGCAGCUAAUCACCUGUCCUGUGGUGAGAAUCACCACAGACUUUGAAGUAGGACUGAUUAAUGCCAGCAAACGUAUCUUUCCAGGCGCCCAACACCAAGGCUGCUGGUUUCAUUUCACUCAGGCAAUUUGGAGGUACGUCAUGACCCACGACCUUUCGGCUGUAUGUCGUGCCGACGUAGACAACAUGAAAGUCAUAAAAAUGGUAAUGGCUUUGCCACACCUGCCAGCACAGAGAGGACCUCCUCACAGCGACCGAGUUCCUCCCUUCUCAAUAGUUGAUGGCCUAAAUCUUAUGUGA